AAAGAAAAGAAAAACCAAUUCAACGAAGCAAACGAAUUUCAAAAUGUCCAAAUCCAAUUCCAAGGUUAUUGUGAACCACCACCACCAACCGCUAUCGCAAUCGCAACCACAAAUACAACAACAAUAAUAAUAAUAGUUAAAUAAUAAUAUUAUGAGAGUAACAGAAAAUAACGAGAGUUAAGCGGAGUGUGUCGUAAAAAUCGCGGUGAUUAGCCAGUGAUUAGCUGGCUAUUGCAACGGAACCAGAAACAAGGAGGGAAUCUGGCUGGGAUUCAUGCCGGAUGUGCUGGAUGCGGACGCUGGGCAGCAACUGAAGCUGGAGCGGCUCUGGCUCUGGACCGAGUGGAUCGAGAGAGGGAUCGAGACGGAUCGGGAGACGGAUCGAGGCGAUCGAUCGAGCCAACGAAGAAUACCGCUCCGCAGCCCACACUACUGAUGAUGAUGGGGCCAUGAGCCCAUCAUUACUCGCAUUGAAUUGGAGUCGCAAGCGCGUCUCAAGCGGGCCUGCACCAUGCUAGCACCGCCGAACCCGAGGUCAAUAUGCGGCCAGGACCCGGGCUGGUCGUGAUGGCGCUUGCGUUUAUUUCGGGGGCUCGGCGUGGCAGCAGCAGCAGCAUUUUCAGCUCAGCAACAGCAGCACCAACAGCAGCGGCAGCAGCGACAUCUGCAGCAGCAACUGCAACUGCAUCUGCAGCAGCAACAUCUGCAACAGCAGGAGCAGCAGGAGGAGCAAGGGGCAGGGCAACCGCGUUACCGUCCACUGGCGAGUCGUCGUCUUCAUCGUCAUCGUCAUCGUCAUUCGUUCGCAGCUCUGGCUCGUACCUGCUGCCCAUUUUCCUGCCCCACCAUCUCGACUUUGGGCUCCACUUCCAGCCACAGCUGCCGCCGAAGGGGGAGUACUAUCAGCACUCCGAGUCCUGGGUGGCGGACAGGCGGCAGCAGCAGCAGCGGCGACGGCGGCGUGAGAGCAGCAGCAGGGAUAUAGCCGGUAGAGCGGGAGGAACAGGGGCGCCAGGAAGAGACCAGCAGCAGGAGGAGCAGCAGGAGGAGCAGGAGGAGGAUCAAGAGUCGCCCCAUCGCGGCCUGACCGUGCAGUUCCCCUCAUCGCAGGCCUACGACGACGAGGACCAGGACAUCUUUGCCCUGGUGGCCGAGGACGAUCUGCUGUCCGAGGAGUCCUUCGAUCGCCUGUUCAAGCUCAACGAAGACGCCGACGAAGAGGACUACAAGCAGCAGCAGCCCCAAGCGGAAACGGAAAUAGACACAGAGCCAGAGAGCGAGACAGAGACAGAGAGAGAAGCGGAAACAGAGACAGAGACAGAAACGGAAGCGGAAACAGAAACCGAGCAGCAGCAGCAGGACGAGAGCCGACUGAUUGAUGAGGGUGUCCUGCAGCACAGCGAGCACAGCCACUCGAAGGAGCUGUUCGCCAAUAGCCAGUACAGCUACGAUAACAAUAAUAACAAUAACAAACGAGAGGCCAGCAGCGGCCACAUCCUUGAUGCCCAGACGGCCCAGUUGAUUGGCCACAAGGAUAACAGCCUGUCCGCCGUGGCCACCACCGAGUCAGCAGGAAGCAGCAGCACCACCACAUCCUUGCCAGCACCCGUGGACCUAAAGAAGUCCAUUCUCGGGACUGCGACUUCGUUAACACGCCUUAAUCCUUGGAUAUCAGCCUGUGAUCUGGCACAGCCGGGCACAGCAACCGACUUGCAGGGUCAGUGCUCGGCUGGAACACUGCCCAUGGCCUGGGUCGAUGAGGGACCCGGGCCCCCAACCUGCCCCCGAUCCUGCGCCGAGCAGCAGCAACUGAAGCCAGCGGCCUCCAAGGCGAAGCGGAGUGUCAACAGUAAUACAAUAAAUAAGGUCAAGUAUUUCGUAAACUAUAAGACAGCCCAGAUGCGUUUGCGCCGCGGUGGUGACUACGCGAUGGACGCCACCGAUGGAAGCCCAUCCACAUUGCCGAGCAGCACCACCGACCAGGAUGUGGAUGUGGACAUGGACAUGUCCUCCUCCACCACCACUGAGGAGGCAGUGCCACCGGAGCCGACGCUGUCCUACAGCCAUCUGCAUGCCCAGGAGCCGGUCCUCAUCCAGGAUCCCCAUCCUCAGGCGGAGCAGCAGGGGCAGGAGGAGCAACAACAGUGCCUUGAAUAUCUGGGCGAUUCCGCCGAGUCGAGUCCGCAGCACCUGUGCGGCCUCCAGUCACCUGGUCAUCUGCUGGAGCGGCUGAGGCUCCUGCGGCUGCGCAACUGCUGCGAAAGGAGCGUCUUCAGUGCUCUGCACACGCUGGCCCUCAAUGCCAGUCUAUCGGAUCGGCAGGAGUGCGUACGCGUCCUCAGCGAUCUGCUGGACGUGGACAACCUGGCCAACAGGAUCACCUGCGAGCUGGCCGAGAUCCUGUUCCGCUUCGACUGCCGGCAGGUCUACUCGCUGAUCAAUCAGUGCGACGAUUGCAAGGAAGCAUAUCGUCGCUGGGUCUGCAGUACACUAGUGCCAUAUUUUGCCGAGCCAAAGGACGUGUCGCCGAAGCCAAAGGACGAUGGCCCGGCGGUCAAAAGCAAACGCUCGGCGAGAAGUGCAGAGGCGGCGGACGGAAUCAAGCAUAAAUCUCUGAAAUUAAUCAGCAAUAACAAUAAAUCAAAUAACGGCAAUAACAUGAACGAGCGUCAGAUUAAUCAGAAGCAUGACAAGAGCUCGAAUGCGAAUGCGAACGCGAAUGCGAACUCGAACUCAAACUCAAACGCCAACAAGGACAUUGACCGCAGCGUGGAGGAGGCGAUUGGCAGGGACCUGGCUCAGACAUUCUUCGAUGUUGUUGGCCUGUCUAAGCCCCGGCACAGUGGAGGCGAGGUGGAGCUCGUCCUGCCAGAGGAACGGGAGGGGAACAGGAACGGGAACGGGGAGAGGGAGACGGAUACGGAGGCUGAGGCCGAACAACAAUCCAAUAAUUUCAUAUCGACUGCCAAUAAUUCGGAUCCCAGAGCCACGGAUCCAGUGAUAUCAAAACUACAGAAGAGAUCAACACGCAAGACAGAGUUCCGUAAGCGCCGUCGAAUCCGGCCGUGCCUGAGCGUCUGCCAAACCGUGGAACAAAAGUGCCCCUACCUGCUGCCCGCCGAUCGCGCCCCUGCGCUGCCCACCCAAUACGCAGGCGAGCCGACAUUUCUCUGCCUAGAUCAAAAUAUACCCGAGACAGGGGCGCAGCUGGAGAAGUCGAGCUACGGGCCCAACGAUUGCUGCUACAGCUACUGCAAUGGACCCAUGUCGGGGAUCUGCACCGUCUGCCAGGACUUCAGUCAGCCAGCCAGGAUGGAGGAGGGGGAUCCUUCGGGCAACUCCAGCACCACCACCCGCCGAGUGCACAACAUCACGCUCUCGCUGAGCUCCCACCCCGGCGAGCAUGCCCGGGCGAAGAGCGUGGCCCUGGCCCUGAGGAAUGUUAGCCGCACGGAAGGGGAUCCGAAUGCCGUGGAAACCCUGCUCGAACGCCUGCCGUACUACGCCCGCACCCACGACGGGAUCUUCUACUACGACGAGGAGGGCGAGAUGCCCAAGGCCUCGCUCUCCGGCGACUGUGCCGUUGUGCCCCCCGCCACCACGCGCUGCACCAUUCCCUACUACGCCUCCGGAACGGAUGGAUCGGUGGCCAAGGCGCCCACGCAGCUCCUGGUCUGGCUGAGUGCCCUACUGGGCCUCCUCAGCAGCUGUGGAGCCGCGCGGCAAAGGUGGAGCUGCCAGUGGAGCGGCUGUAGUAGUGCCCACAGGAGUCGCAGUCGUCAGGCUGUGUCCUGCGAGGCCAGCUGCCACGAGCAGGAGUUGGUGGUCAAGAGCAGGAACAGCAGUCAAAGGAAUACCACUCCCAGAGAGAAGAAGGAGAAGCAGAAGCAGGCGGCUUCGGUGGUGCAGGUGGUUCCAUUUCCAUUUCCAUUCAAAACCCACCAGUGGCCCAGGCUGACCUGCAGCAAAGUGCGAUACUUCAGUAGCCGCAGCAAGUUCAAAGGUCCCAGCUGCAAGGACUCCGCAGGAUGCAUUAGGACUAGGAACUAUCGCUACUUCUACUACUACAACUACAACAUCAACGAUUGGUGGCGGAGAUGGUGGUUAUAGUGCCUGUCAGUCGGAAGGAGCAUCAGGAGGGAUCAGGAAGGAGGCGGGUUAAGAAGGAUUAAACCAUGAACAGGCGAUACCAAAUACUAAUAAUAGCUAAAUCAGAAUCGAUGCAUUGUAGGUGUGGCAAAUGGUCAAACAAGAGACGACACACAACAAACAUGAAUUACGAAUUAAACGAAACGGAAAACAGAAACCACUUAAAUAUUUAUGGUCCUCUUUCAAAACGAAAUAAAAACAAGCAUGAAUUAAUUAUAAAUCUCUAUUGAAACAAAACCAAAAUAGCAUAUUUUAUUACAACUAGAACAAAAUGAAUAUGAAUAUUUAAUUAAACAAAAAGCAACUGCCACAAGAAUAGGUUUUUUAGAUAAACGAUAACGGAAGUAUAAAAAGAAACCAAAAAAAUGAAAACAUUUAACAAAAAACGCAUACAACUAAAAUAUAAAAGGGGGAUAAAGGCGACGGAAAAUAUAAAUAGUUAAUAAUUUAAUUACUGGCGAACAAAAAUACGAAAAGUUUAGGCUAGCUAUAAAAAAAGAAGACGAAAAGAAAAAAUCCAAAUUUACUAGACUACAAAUUUGAAAGCGGCAAUGGCGAUUAGAGGAAAAUGCAAAAUAAAAACACCAUUUCAGUCAAAAGUAUGGGCCGCGUAUCAACCACCUUUCAAAGAAAAGCGAAACGUGAACUUUACUUAAUUAGUUUAAACCCCUGCGCACGCGUAUGUGUGUGGAAUACUAUAGUCAAGGUGGGAGCGAUUUAAUUAACAAUUAAAACAAUUAACGGGGAUGGAAAACCAAAAGAAGCCGCAAAAGUGUCUAAAAAUGUCUUUAUUUAGUUUAAAGAAAAUAAAAGAGGUACCGUAAACAUUUGUAUAAUCCAAGAAAAACAGAAAACAAAGAGCCAAAAUGAAAAAUGUAAAAGAGAAGAAGAAGAGUAUGUAAAGCGCACAGUAAAAACGUAUCUUUAAGAUUCAUCGACCGACAUAGCGAAGGUUCUGAUUCUGAUUCGGUUAGGAAACGGAAGCGGAAAUGGAAACGGAAGCAUUACCAGCAUAUAGAACUCACAUACAGUUGUGUAUGCAUAUAUGAACGAUAGAUAUAGUGACAAGAUGCGCAACGUCAGGCGCUAAAUACGAUGGAGAGGCGUGGUCAGAAACAGAAGAAGAAACCGAAACCGAAACAACAACAAUAUACCUACUAUAUAAAUACUAACAAUGAAUAAUAAUACUUUUUGUAAUAAAGUGAACUCUAUGUAGCGUAUAUAUAUAAUUAAUUAUAUAUAUGAAAUAUAUAUAUUUAUAUAAUAUAUAUUGUCUUAACAACUUAUCGUACAUAACUUGCAGCAAAAAAUGAAAACUAUGAGAAAAACCAAAAUACGAGAACCCCGAACCCCUAACGGCGAAACAAAAACAAAGGACACGUAAAUAAUUAAGAAAUAUUAAAAUAAUUAGUCGUAUUUGGUAUUAACUAAUUAACUAUUAAAGUAAGAACUAAACAAUUUGAGAGAACCCUCUGAUAGAGCACACUCGCCCACACUCUCACAGAUGUAGGAAGACGACACCUUCUUUGAGCACUCCUAAUGGUUCAGUUUACAGUUAGUUUCCUAGUUUCUCAGUUUCCCCCACCUCCAACCAGUCACUCCACCCAAUCUCACUUCUAUUCCAUUCCAUGUUUUCCGGAAAAGUGUUUUUCUUUCGAUCUUUUUCUCUGUGAAGUCUAUUAUCGAACGGUUUAACCCACUGCAGGCAGUGUCGGAGUUACCAGGAUUUAAGUCUAUUAGGAAUGCUUUUCCGUUUGCAAAAAUUUUCACAACAAAUUUGCAUUACCAAAAAACUGACGAAAUUACUUUAGGAGGAGAAGAGGAUUGAGAGAUAGCGGUAUAUGGAUUUUGUUAGAUGUUGUAGUAGUUAACGUAAACGACUUAACGAGCAGGAGCAGCAGCCUUCAUUAAGAACCCUCCACUCUCCACCCUCUCUGGUUAGCCCCCAUAUCAAUAGAUCUUUGUAAAUACAGAUUACGUAUGAGCAAUUCGCCUCCUAUCACCGAAUAUAUAUUCAAUACCUUUCGCUCUUUUGAUUCCUCAUUCCGAAUUUCCCCUAAUUGCGCUCAUAUGCGAAACUCUUUCCGUAAAUUAUAUAGCAAGUGUAUAUGAGUUAAGGGGUGGCCACAACUUUUCACUUAUUGGGGCGAAUGCGUAACCUUUUCUAAGCAACAAAAAACAAGGAGAAAGGCGGAACGACACCGUUAUCAAACAUUUCAAUGGCGGAACGGAAACGGAAAUGGAAAUGGAAACGGUAGCGGUAGCGGAAACAGAAGCAGAAACAGAAAGCAGAGUCAGCCGCUGGCACAAAUUGCGCGCAUAUAGAAUGCAAAUUGUUAUGAAUUAUUGUGUACUUUUGUAAAACUUUUUGAUAUAUAUAAUAUAGUUAACAUGAAUAGAUGCCUAAAUAAUAAUAAAUUAAAUGUUAAUUUAUUUAAAUGUAAACAAUAAAUAGAGAAGGACACUGGAGUAGGCCAACGGGGCGAUCGGCAUCUGGAUUUGCGGUUUGUUGAUCCCAAAAUCGACUUAAAAAUCCAAAUCCAAAUCCGAUCCGAUCCCGGGCAUUAGCGUAUGUACGAAAUAAAUUUUAGGCACCAUCGGAGAACGAGGAUCUUAACUCCAGACGGCGAUAUUUCCCUUGUGCAUAGCGAAACUAGUUGAAUUGUGUACGUAACGUGGGUAAAAUCAUAGCACCAGAUCUAAACCAUCGACUUUGCAUGGCCAUCACACACACAAUCAGAAUCACACAAUCGAUACAAAUUCAAACUCAAAUUCAAAUCCAAAUCCGAAUCAAUAACCAAUUAGCACGAAUUAUACAAUAAUUUUUGUAAUUGAUUAGCCGCUGCCACACAAACAAAAACGAAAACCAAAAACCAAAAAAAAACUCCG